AUGGACUGCGACAUCUGCGGCAACGAGCUGACCGCGAGGGCCCGCGUCCACUGCCCGACAUGCGCCCGUGCCGCGCUCUACCCGUACCGGAUCGAACAAGCGGCGACGCUCUUAGAGAGGGAGAAAUUUGCCCAGCAUGUGGAAGCUGUAGUCAACGGCACCGAGGACCGGGCCGGACAGGCCGUGUCGCUCGGUGAGACUUUGGUUGAUACUCACGAAAGCUCCAAGAGAAUGGCUGUCGAGCGGGACCAUGCCGCGAAGGAGGAGCACCGAGAGCGCAUGCGUCUCAUUACAGAGCAGACCGACCUCCUCAAGCGCCAGAUUGAAGAAACGCGGCGUGAAAUCGCCGCCCGCAAGGCUGCUAUCGCCCAACGUCAUUCAGAUCUCGAGUCAGCCUCCUAUAACGUUGACAAGCGUCGCGCCAAGGACCUGGGCGUGGUCAAAGAGGUCAUCGGAACGGUCAAGCAUGCCGACGAUAUAGGACAGCGUGAGGACAUCCGUAGCAAGGUGUGGCACUGCAAACAUGCCGCCGACGUGGCUGGUCUGAAGCAGCGGAGACGCCGUUCCAAAGACGGCCAGACGAAGCUUGAAUACUACAUUGGGGGUGUGCGGAUAUAUGAUCUGCGCGACCUGAACUCUCAGGUCACCACGUCCCUGACGCUCCUGGCUGGCCUCGUUGUUCGCGUCGCCAACUACCUUGCUGUCCGACUUCCGGCUGAAAUUACUCUGCCGCACAAGGAUUACCCUCUCCCGACGAUCUUCUCCCCUUCGUCCUCGUACACGCAUAAGGACGUGCCGUUUCCGGGGACUACCCCGAUCUCCUCUUUAAGCAAUAGUCCCACAGCGUCUCGUACUCUCGAGAACCAGAAGCCUCGUCCGCGCCCGAGACCUCUCUACAUUGACCGCAAAUUACCCACGCUAGCAAACGAUGAUCCGACGACAUACGCCCUGUUCGUCGAGGGCGUUACGUUCCUAUCUUGGGACAUUGCGUGGCUCUGCCGGUCGCAGGGCCAAGUCAACGCGUUCAGCGAGUGGGAGGAAAUUUGCCCGAUGGGGAAGAACAUGUACAAGCUCCUAGUCGACGACGCUCAGGCCACGCUGAGUGCACUAGAGCAGGAGGCCGCGCGCAAAGCCGAAGCCAAGAGUGGCGCCUCGGCUCGCUCGUCGAGCGUGCCGGACGUGGUCAUGGGCUAUUUUUCGCACGGCAUGUCGAAGGGGUUCCUCGGCAGUGCGGAGGGCACGAGCUACAUGAAGGGGUGGAGGUUCCAGACGGCCAUGAAGGUCGUCGACCGGGUGAAGAGUUACCUGCAGGCGGAAAUGCAGGGGGCCGAAUGGGAGGUGCUUGACGAGAAAGAGUGGGAGAUGGACGAGGAGGGUGCUCAGGGAGUGGGUGAGAUGGACAGCGGUACGAAGCUCGUGGCGAUGGGCACCGACGAAGGGCAGAGCAAGACGCGGGGAUGGACCAAGCUGAAGAGCAGGAGCGACGAAGCCAAGUAG